UAUUAUAAUUAGGUAUUGAAGUUAUAAAUCGGUAAGUUGGCGAUCAGCAAAACCAAUCGAGAACUUACAUUCGAAGAAUAAAAAUUGUUUUGUCAAGCAUGAACAUAUAAUUUUAUAUUGACCACAGACAUUCUUCUUCACUAAAUGUUUCUAUGGAUUUAUCGAUAAGCAUAUACGAAAUUAACCUAUUUUAUUACACAGCUGUUGCACUUCAGAACAUACUUUAAUUUGUCUGGUAAAUAAUAUUACAAACAUUAAACAUAUUCUAUUUUACAAACCUAAUACAACGAUUGAAACAAAUGCAUACGCAGUAGUAAGUUUAAACCUAAUAUAGUACGUUGUGUCAAAAUGUCGCAUAUAAAACUAUGUAAUUUUAUAUUAAUAUUUUUGUGCAUUACGUCGAACAACUUUUCAGUUUUAUCAGAACCAUCAAAAUUAUCAGAAUUGGAGAAAGCCGUUAAGAAAUCAUUACGUAUUUCUACGACCAAAAAUGAUGUCUCAUAUAAUAUUGAACUGCACGAUUCGGAAUUAUUUCUUUAUGGAUAUUUCGUUCAACCUGCACCUAAAGAAAAAAAAACAGAUAUGUACUUGAAUAUAUUUUAUACUUAUAUGAACUGUUCGUUUGCUGAAUGGCUUCAGAAUAAACUAUUUGAAUUCAUCAAAAAAUUCCCAAUAUUUUAUCAAUCAAAAUUUCAAAACACUUAUAAUAAUGAAUUUAAUAAACGUUUUGUAGGAACGGAUCUAAUUCAAAAAUUAAACGAUAUCGACUCUUAUGUUAGACGCUUCAUAAGUAUUUUACUGCACAAUUUUUUACAUCUUGCUGAUUCGAGAGAUAAUGAUACUUCGUUAUUAAAAACAAUGUUAUUACUACAAUUUAAAAUUCACUUUUUGACGCUCCCUUCAGAUACCAAACAAGCAGAUGAUAUAGUUGUUCGUUCAAUUCUUGAAAUAAUGAAUCUUAUUCAAAUGUUCAUGGCUACGAAUUGUGCUGUUCACACUUAUAAUGAAACACGUUUUAUCAAUGAUAGAUAUUUUAUUAAAUCAUCACAUUUCUUCAACUUCUGGAUAACUAGAUCAGCUGAGACAAAUGAAACCAUUAAUAACAUUUUAUAUCGUAUAAGCCAACUGGGUUUAGAAUAUAAUAACAAAUCUUGUAAUACAGAUGAAAUGUUGUUAGUAAAUAUUGUGGCCGAGACCCCGGAUCAUCUUGUUUUAAGGGAGAUUUCUCACGCAGAAGUUUUUUUAAAUUCUAAAACAAUUAAGAUUUAUCAACUACUACAAAAAAUUGAAAAACGUGAGUGUGACCUUGAACUUAUAUUUUGGUAUCAGGAGUCGGUUUUUGAUGCAAUUGUAAAAUUAAUUUACAGUAAGAUGAUAACGGCCUUGCAACAAGAAAAUUCUAAGCCAGAAGAGAUAGUUAAGUCAAUACCACAAUUCAUAGAAUUACCAACAGAUGUCAGUGAUUAUUUUACGAGCCAAACAUAUUAUGAUUCCGAUAAAAUUAAUAAAUUAAUUGAAAAGAUUACUUAUCUACGUAACUCCAUUACCAACAUAAUUUUAGAAACUGUUGAUGCAACUGAAAACCAAAAAGUUUCUGAAUUAAAUGAAUUUACAACAUAUAUGGAUUCAAAGAGUAAAACGUUUUACUGUUAUAUUUCGGUGAGGAAUUUCCUACGCAAAGAAUUCGCUAAAUAUUACAUACCAUUCAUAAGAAAUGUGUUAAAAGUCGACCACAUUGUAUUCGAAGAUAUGCCAAUCGAUGAAAUUGUUCGAUCCGAUGUGGAUGAUAAACUAUCGGAUAGUAGCAGGUGUCAAUAUGUUAGAGAUUUGUACAGUCUCUGUCUCGAAGCAACCACAUUUUUAAAAAUGAUUUUCAACAAAGAAAGAGAUUUGGAGGACGAAUACGUCAAUCAAGUAAAUACUAUUUUGAAUACGAUUAGAAAACGGUCUAUUAAUGUGAUCGAACUUUGUACGUACAAUGGCUGCAGGGACCUUUUAAAAGUAUCAUACUAUAUUUACGUUGUCUUGAAUCCAAAGCACAAACAUCAUGAUGUAAUUAAUAAACGUUUAAAUUCAUUUGUGCAGAGCCUUGAGGCCUACCAAAACGUAUCGAUAGUUGAAAACUACUCAACUUUUUUAAAUAUUGAUAAUUUUUUUAAAAACUAUCUCGAAGAAAUGCAUUUGUUCAUUGACAACAAACCCGUGAUCAGUUUUUUUUACAAAGGUGAAAGGAAAUACAUUGAUGAAAUUUACAAGAACAUAAGUGCAAUCAUUAUGGACCCUUCGCAUGUGUUCAAAUUGUAUGAUAUAUAUUUCAAAUUUAUUCUUGGUUCGGUAUUUUACGAAGUGUGGGUUUUCGGGACAUACGUAGCAGAUAAUCCCCGCAAUUACUUGGGGCUUGAAGAUUGCACGAACUUUCAUUUCAGAUAUACAAUGUUUCUUGAUAAUGAACAUUUUCCCGCAAAUUUAUCGAUACUAGUAUCUUAUGUUGAUCGAUUUUCUACUUUAGUAUAUGAUAUAUGUAAUCAAGAAGCAAAGAUGACCAAACAUGACCACAAAAAAAAACCACAUUCUAAUCCGUACAUAAAAGUAGGUGAAUUAAAAGAAAAUAUAGAAAAGCAAUUCGAAAAAUUUGGUAUGUUCAUAACAAAAUCCAUAGAGAAAAUUACGGAUACAACAGUGGAGAAGGUUUACCAUUUUUUAUUUAAAAAAACAAAUUUGAUAGAAAAAGUUUUCAAACAAAUGACUGUGAAUACCUGCAAAUUAGUCAAGGAUGCUUACAAUAUGCUCACAAAACUCAUACUCGAUACAUAUUUAAUGGAAGGUUAGGUGUCAAUUUUGAAUAGACAUUAUUUAUGAAAAACGUUUAUACCAAAUAAUAUAUUUGGAAUCGUAAAACAAUACUUUUCAUAAACAUUAUUUGUUACCCUUCUCGGUUACAAUUAUUUUUCUUUCUCCACUCCCCACAUAGUUGUAACAUACAAAUACGAAUAUAUAUUUUAAUUUUUUUAAACGUUAUUAUAAUAUAUUAACAUUACAUACAAUAUAGAAGAAUGACAGAAUAUGUUAAAAAUUAAAAUUAAUAAUAGCAACCAAAAUUAACACAAAAUAUAAAUACAUAAACGUAGAUAAAAUAAAUAUUUAAUUUAAGAAUAAUUAUUGUAAAUAUAUUAUUUUAUACAUUUUACUAUAUUAUUUAAACCUGGCCAAUAUUAUAAUUGAUAUUCUUAAGUGACUGUCACACAAAUUUUGUAGUUUGUCUGCAAUGUAUUUUUUUUUUUUGUCAUUAACUUUAAAUCCGUUUAAGAACCGUGUACAAGCUGUAUUUGAUCUAUUCAAUUUCGUAAUUACAUCUAAUUUACAUAA